GGUGAAAAAUAUGGUUAAUUUCUUCUGCAUCCGAAAUACAAACUCAAAAAUUCUUCUAGAAAAUAAAUGAAUAUGUUUGAAUGUGAAAGACUAGGUUUUCUGAACACAUUUGCGUGUUUUGUGUUUGUCAUUUGCUUGUGUUUUGCCGAAGAGCAGGCGUCGACAGCGGAUUCUGACUAUGCACAGUCAGGUCACUCUAGUGAGCAUGUCGAGGAGUCAAAUCCUAAUUGGGUCGAUCCUGCAGAUUUGUUAUCGUCCGAUUUCUCAUCUUUUCCUGUGACGGAUAAGAGGGAUGUGCGAAAACAAGAGUCUACAACAACACUCUCCCUAAAAAAUUAUGACAAUCACAAUAUCAAUGAACAACAGAACUGUGAAUUAUCAUAUUUUAAGCAACUGACUCGGCAUAUUAUGGAACGGUUUCAAACACCUGGAAAACACUAUUCCAUCAAAAUACAACUGUCAAAAGAUGACUUGAAGAUGUUACAGGAAUUCAAAGAAAAUGACAAGAAAGGGGAGAGAAUUUCAGAUGUAUUCAAACUUUUUCUUGACAUUUUUAAUCAAAAACAUGAGGAUGAAAAGAUUGAGCACAUUUUAUUUAGUCGUAUUUGGGCAUUUGUGGAGUACCACAAGGAUGUUUUUGCUGUUUUUUUUAUAAUCUUUGCUCUGAUCUCCAUUUUAUUCAUAUUUGAAACUCGUACUUCUAUGCCUUGGUAUCAACAGGGCUGGUAUCUAUUUGGAUUGUUGUUCAUGAUUAGUAUACCAUGGGAAUGGUUUAGAUUGUAUCGUAAACAAUUUGCUGAAAAACAAGCUGACCUUAUCAAACAUAUUCCCAAACAUUGUGCUCCAGAAAUCAUGUCAAUUGCUGAAAGAAUAUCUUUAUGGAUGACUGGUCUAUUCGCUUGGAGGGAUGAUGAUUGCAUUAAAUACCAAGAAGCAAUUUUAGUUGAUCCAGUGUGGGAAGUCUCACCAUCGCUGGCCCUUUCGAUCACGGCUACCCGUUUAUUUUUUAAACCUUUGGAGUAUGUUGCUGACUCAUGUGGCAGAAGUUUGAAAGCUUUUUUCAUCCACAUUCCAACUGUGUGGCAGCCGAUCAUGGUCAUUCUGAUGACAAUUUUUUUACUGUUGUUCAUUUUGUUAAUGACUAAAUCUCGAAUUAAGUUCGCUUUCUUUGAAAUUGGUCCCGCUACAACACAGGCGAAAAGACUGGAAAGGCAAGAGAUCGAUGCUUUAAAACAUUGUAUUCGUCAAGAAAUAUGUGACGUUCUUAAACGAAAAGUUGACGUUUUUGAUCGAAAAGAUCGAUUAAACAAUUUGGAAGAAUCGCCACGACUCAGCAGCAGUGUGGAAGAGGAACGAGUUGAUCACCGGAAAAUUACUGGUGGGGUGCAAGAAUAUGACAUACCUCAUACAUAGAAAUGAUAGAAU